AUGUCGCUCUCAAACAAGCUAGCCAUCACCGAUGUCGACCUCAAGGGCAAGAGGGCCUUGAUCAGGGUCGAUUUCAAUGUCCCCCUCGAUUCUGAUUUCAAGGUCACCAACCCCCAGAGAAUCGUCGGAGCCCUUCCAACCAUCAAGUAUGCUGUUGAGAACGGUGCUAAAGCAGUGAUCCUCAUGUCCCACCUUGGACGACCAGAUGGCAAACCCAACCCGAAGUUCAGCCUCAAGCCUGUCGUGCCAGAGCUUGAGAAGCUCCUCGGAAGGAAUGUUACCUUCCUUAAUGACUGCGUCGGCAAGGAGGUCGAAGAGGCCGUGGCCGGUGCCAGUAAUGGCCAGGUGUUCCUCCUAGAGAACCUCCGUUUCCACGCCGAGGAGGAGGGAAGCUCUAAGGAUGAGUCCGGCAAGAAGGUCAAGGCUGACCCAAGUGCCGUUGAGGCUUUCAGGAAGGGCCUUACUGCCUUGGGUGAUGUCUACAUCAACGAUGCAUUCGGCACUGCUCACAGAGCCCACAGCUCCAUGGUUGGCGUUGAUCUUCCACAGAAAGUCUCUGGAUUCUUGGUCAAGAAGGAGUUGGACUACUUUGCAAAGGCCCUUGAGAACCCCCAGCGACCCUUCCUUGCCAUCCUCGGAGGAGCCAAGGUCUCGGACAAGAUCCAGUUGAUCGACAACCUUCUCACUAAGGUCAACAGUCUCAUUAUCUGCGGCGGCAUGGCCUUCACCUUCAAGAAGGUGCUCAACGACCUGAAGAUCGGAAAGAGUUUGUUCGAUGACGAAGGCAGCAAAUUGGUUCAAGGUAUCAUGGACAAGGCCAAGGAAAAGAACGUCAAGGUCGUCCUGCCAGUUGACUAUGUCACUGGUGACAAUUUCGCUGCUGAUGCCAAAGUUGGCUAUGCUACUGACGCCGAUGGCAUCCCCGAUGGCUGGAUGGGUCUUGACUGCGGCAAGGAGAGUGUCAAGCUGUUCCAGGAAGCCAUUGCUGAGGCUAAGACAAUCCUCUGGAAUGGUCCACCAGGUGUCUUCGAGUUUGACUCCUUUGCUCAAGCCACCAAGGACACUCUCACCUCUGCAGUGGAUGCUGCUCAGAAGGGAACUAUCGUCAUUAUUGGAGGUGGUGACACCGCAACCGUUGCCGCCAAGUUCAAGGCCGAAGAGAAAUUGAGCCACGUCUCGACCGGUGGUGGUGCCUCUCUUGAGCUCCUUGAGGGCAAGGAUCUGCCCGGUGUCUCUGCACUUUCGAGCAAGUGA